GCCGAACGGCAAUCUGGGAAGAUCCACACGUGGACGCAGAAGCGAACAUGGGGCACGACGGCGACGACGACGAGGUGCUGUGCCGCUACUGCUUUGGCGACGAGGCCGACGGGCCGCUCAUCUCACCGUGCAAGUGCUCUGGCGGCCAAAAAUUUGUGCACCUCGACUGCCUCCGGCGCUGGCAGCGCAUGGUGCUCGUCUCGCAGCCGACGCACCCCGCCUUCUACACGGACGACAAGCGCCACCACAUUUGCAACGUCUGCCUUGCGCGCUACACAUGCCCGCCACCGACGCGCGCCGAGCUCAUGGCGUCCUUUACUGGCCCCGAGAUUGCGGCGCUCAUCGAGACGCACCGCCUCAUCGCCGCGAGCCCUGGCUUUUCUGAGAUGCUCGAAGCCGACCGCAACGCCGACAAUGAACCACGCAUUCGGCGCCGCCCGUCGAGCAGCUACGAUUUUUGGUUCCACGGUGUGUACCUCAUCAGCCAGCUCAUGUCGGACAGCGGGGAAAUGGAGCUCUCGCUGCCCAACGACGCGCUCCUCAACAACUUUCGCCGGCGCUUGACGCCCGACCCGGACGACCCGAGCCGCCUUGAAAUGCAUUUUCACGGCGCGCUGUACGUGGUGACCUUGCGCGGGUCGCUCGACGGCGUCGCGCCUGCUGACGUUCCGACCGCAAUGGCCGCGCUCACGCCCCCCGCGACGCUCUAUCUGCAGCAAAAGGACUCGCUCGCAACGUGCGCGGACGACCACGUGACGGCCGUGUGCAUCUCGCGCCCGCUAGUGCAUCUGGACGCGGCGCAGGAGGCGGUCGCGUCGGCCAUUCGCCGGCUCGGGCUCGCCUACCCGACACUGCGCCGGUCCUUGCUCGAUGACACGAUUCAAGUGCAGCAUUUCGCCGGCGGGCCCUGUGACCCGCAGCGCAUCUCGACCUGCCUCGUCCUCGGCGGCGCGCUGCGCGGGUACACGCUCCUUCCGUCGCUGGACGACGCCCUUCUCCACACCUAUCGCCUCUUUGCUCCAGUACCAGACUCUACGCUCUGGCCGGGGCAAGCAGUGCGCAUCCAAGGGCUUGUCUCGCGCCCCGAGAUGAACGGCGAGCUCGGCAUGGCGCUCAAGUUUGACCCGAAAGCAUUGCGGUGGCAAGUCCGCCUCGUCAAUUCAACCGACGGCAUCAAGGUCAAGCCCAGUAACCUCGAGGUCCUCGGAGCGCCCAAGCCAACCGUGUAUGUGUUUUGGGGCGACGCGCAGUGGACGCGUGCGCAGCUCCUUGGUGAAAUCGCCCGGGGGAGCUGGGGCCUCUGCCGCGCGAUGGUCGACGACAUGCUUCGCAGCCCGUGCGAGCGCUGGGACGCCCUCCAGUGCGAAGGUCGCCUGGCAUUUGCGCCAGUGUCUGAGAUGACGGAGGACUAUGUGCGCCAGGCCACCGACGAAAUGGUAGCCUUGCGCUCGAACGCUGUCGCUGCCGACGAAGCCACGACCGUCGACACCGCCUAGUCGGCGGUUCGAUCCCGCCACUGCUACGUUUUUGCCUCGAUUUUUCCCUCGAUUUUGCGUGUGGUAACAAGGAUGCCUUGACUUACGAUGCGGCCACUGCGACAUUUAACCCUUGGUUCUAUGACCGUGUUAGUUAGUGCUCGAGAAAUAGCAAG